UAAAAUGAAAUAGCUGAAUUCAUAAUGUUGGAAAAUGUUGUGGUUUGUAAAUAGUAAUCUUCUGUGUUGUGAUGAACCACCCAACACUGUGGGAAGCUGCAAAGGGAAUUUCCAACACAAGCUUUUUAUGAUCAGCAGCUUUGGUUACAGGUGUUUUAUGUAAUACACCCACUUGCAAUUUAGGUUAGAUUUCAAGAGAAGUUUGGUCUCGUGCUAGUAUUUUUCUGCAAUGCAUAUAAUAACAAUGAGUAGUUUCACAAGCUGUAUCUUAGUGGUGCUGAAAUGGAAAAUUUUCAUAUGUGUCAAGUCUUGAAUGAGUUCUUAUAAGCCAUGUUUUUGCACCUAAUUUAGUAUUACUUCAAUUUCGUAUAUAUGCCAAUAUGCCAGUCAUGUUCUAACGUGACUAUUUUUUUUUACUCAACUGUUAUGUACCCAUUUCGCCAGAUUGCACUGUGCACAGGCCAAUAGAAGCUGAAAGGAGAAUUGUUUAAGCCACUCUCGUCAGCGGUCAAGGAACAGCGUGAUCAUGUGAACCAAAUCUGCCAUGCCAAAGGAAUGUGUUGAAUUCUAACGAUGCAGCUUUGACAAGUGCAUGUGACUUUGUGCGAGAGCUCAGAUUGGCGAUGGCAGCAGACGCAGAUAGGAUCAAAAACGGGAGACGAUAGGCAGCACGUAAUCGAAAGAAAGAAUGUCAUGUAACUGUCAAGGUUGUGGCGGAGCAAAGUGUGCAACGUUUUUAACCUCCUGCUUAUCUGAAAAAGGCAUUAGAACUGUUGGACCGAACAACGGGGAGAUACUGUGGGAAUGUGACCAACUUGAGUUUUGGGGAGUUGCGUAUCCUGAAGUCAGAUGAGCCGGUCUUUAUCUCCAGCACAGCUUUGGUUCUCAUGCCUGAGAGUCGGCUGCCAACUGCAUUCACAAACCGUCCUCAGAGUAUGCAGAUUGAAUAGGGCACUGUAUGAACAAGGGUAAUUAAGUACAUUGAGUCUGGGAAUCUUUUUCAGACAAGAUUCCCAUUGGCUAUAUACUGUAUAAAGGAGCCAUAGUAAUUGUGGUGUUAGUGCAUUAGUCAGGGAGUAACUGUGUCUUUCUGUCAGUAUGUUUCUUUUAGAUGAGCAGUUAAACGUAAGACAGUCAAACAAUUGUUCCGUCAAUAAGUGGCUGAUGUCAUUUUUGCCAAGAAAUGAAUUAGGUCAUUGGCAGUUAUUUAGUGUCUGGAUAGGCAGUAAAAUGGUUAUAAAGAUCCCGAAAUGAAACGGAAACGAUCUCUUUUACUGCAAUUUAUAAAUGUAUGAAUUUUACCAAAACUGGACCAGAAGGUUUAAGCGAGCGAACAUUUACCCCUUUUUCCACCAAAUAAACUUUGGUUCUUGAAACUCGGGAAACUAUUGUUAUGCAGCACUCCAGUACAGAUACUGUAUUAGUUAGUAGCAUUUUUUAUCAAGUAUUUCUUACUUGUUUUCUUCCUCCUUGUCUUCUUCAUCCUCUGGCCAAAGAUUAGAAUAUGUUAGUUCACUGUCACUGUUCACAUUGGAAAAGCCUUGGUUCCUUUUGGUAACCGAAUUAGGGAAUACUGUUGUAUUUUAUUUUAUUUCAUAGUGGGUGUGAGAACCGGAACAGAACCUGUUCCGUGUUGGUAACAGUAGAUGCACAACCUCUGUUUCUCUGUGUCCUAUAAGCUUAAUGUUGUUUCCUACUCUGCAGGGUAAAAGGUAUUGAUUGGUGACCUGGAUUUUGCUCCUGCCACCACAAGCCAACAUGGGCUUUACAACAUGCUUGAGGAGCGAUAACAAUGAAUUACAAGAAAGUGGCAAAGAUACUUAAGCAAUACAGCAAAUUUUGGCUGGCUAUUAUUUUGGCUUUGCCUAUCUCCUCUCACAAACAACUAAUAUAUUUAAAUUAUUCUUAUUCAGACUCAGAUUUAUAGGGUAGCUUUAUGUAUGCAACUCUUAUCAUUCGCAGGGUGUACAGACUCAGACUUGUGCUAUCAAUCAAGAAAAUAUGAGGUUGCUUUAGUAUUUGUGUAUUGAAUUUUCUUCUCUCCAUCAAACUGUUAACUGCACGUUGUUCUCCUCGUCAUCAUGAAGGAAGGCUGCUUUUAGUUUUGUUUUGAGUCUCCUAAGGUCAAAUCAGAGGGAUGAGAUCAGAGCAGUUUAUUUGAAUAUACAUGUAUCUUGAAAAGCAGUUAAUGGAUAAAUAUGGUGUUAACAGUGGGGUCAGAACCUGCCAUUUGGCCUCUUUGCAGGUGCAUGCAUUAGAGAAAAUAUGUGAGUGCAGGGGAGCUGAGUACGAAUGACUUCAGGCUUUUAGAACAAAUCUACAGGCAUGCACACACACACCCACAGAGGCCGACACGCAGCAAAAGAGAAGGGUAAUUUAAAAGGGAAAAAAAAACUGACGUGGUUUUGUCAUUUGCAUAAUAGUUUAGUUGGAAAAAAGAUAUUGCGUUGUCACCAUUGCUGCCUGCAUCUGUGGGAAGGAUUCCACACAUUCUACGCUAAACAUGAAUCACUGUAUGGAAAUCACAUGAACGCACACGCAGCACACAACCUCUCAGGUAUGUGUUCACACCACGCACAUUCCCUUUCAACUGAACGUGAAGCAGUAUCAUCUGAAUGUGACAAUAGAGAGUGGAGGUGUGUACCAGUUUCAGGGGACUGGUUGAAAAAGGAGGUGUGUCAUAUUAAGUCGGCUGAGGAACAAGCCAAGGCAUGCUCGACAGCUCAGCUCAUAGAACAGGACACUAACACGGUUAAUUCACCCACUAACAAUCAACAUGUUGUGUUUCUAAUAUGCAAAUUCACCGUUCACUUAUUCCCCUAAUAAUGAAAUGGCUUGAAAUAUUCAUUUACUAGAAUAACUGGUAAUGUAACUUCACUUGAACCUUGUUUUAUCUUCUGUUCUGCUGAGUAACCAGGCACCACGUCUUUGAAAGCAACACCACUGCCGACACACAAGUGUGUAUCAGAGUCCAUUUCCUUAUCUCUGCAUUUCCUCCUGGACGGACUCUAGCAGGAGAGGGGCUAAUUAGAUCAUGUCGAAGGCAACCUCUCACUGGCCGCUAAAUGUGAUUUGGAAUAAUUUUCAUUGGUCUCAUUGGAUUAGACUGCUGCUGCUCACUGCAUGGAUAAGGAUUAGGUUAGACGCACACACAGAGUGGACUAAACGAGUUAACAUGGUACCUAGUAUCAUCUCUUUUUUUGGGGGGGGGGGGUUAAUCCUCAAUUGUGUUAAAUCAAAUAAACCUUAAAUACAAAAACUAUAAGCUUCACUUUCUUUUAAAGAAAGUUAAUAUGAAGUAAAUAAGCCAAACACUCACAUAAAUAAACACGCGUACGUCCACACACUCAACCACAGAUGCUUUUGGGGUCAGGAUUUCAAGAAGUCAUCCAUCUCACCAUGUAGUGGUCCCCCUGCAGGAAGAAGCAGGACUGUUACGAGUCUGCCGCUCAACCCACAACCUGCUGUGGUGUGAAAUCCUGUGCUUCACUGAGACAUGCAAGGCUGUGCCACUGCAAGCUCUUAUCAGGACUUCACAUGUAGAAAAUACCUCCUAUAUGGAGUCUGGAUUAUUGUAGACUGACCUGUUUGUACUGACUGACGCAUGUGCAGGAGUGAAUCAAACACCACUCUGGAAAAUUCACGGUGCACUUUUUGGCAUGUGGGCACAGAAUGUUGAGCACUGCAAUGUUGAUAUUUUUGGGUUCUACCCACCUAUCUGCAGCCAGCAUGUUGUAGGUGUGCUGCACUGAAGAAGCGGCGUGAAAUGGGUGUUGGGGUGGGCAGUUGUUGCCAGGGGAGGUGGUAUGUUAUUUUCAGUCCAUUGUGUCUACUUCCUGUGGGUCAGGGGUUAUUGGAGCAGGGUGUUGCAGACUUUACGGAGUAAGAGGAGGGGAGGGAAGUCAGCAGUGUAGGCAGGAAAAGUGGCCAUACUCGCUCGACAACAGUGGCUGGUCAGCAGCUGGCUUACCUCGCUUCCCUCAAAACAUUUUGCUCCGGGCAAAGCUUGGACUCUUCAGAACCAGGCAUGGAAGAAGCGGUGGUUUGUACUUCGCAGUGGCCGUCUGACCGGCGACCCAGAUGUGUUGGAGUACUACAAGAAUGACCAUGCCAAGAAGCCCAUCCGCGUGAUUGAUCUCAACUUGUGCGAGCAGGUGGAUGCUGGGCUGUCGUUCAAAAAGAAGGACUUGGAGCACAGCUUCAUAUUCGACAUCAAGACCAUCGACCGUGUCUUCUACCUGGUGGCUGACACCGAAGACGAGAUGAAUAAGUGGGUUUGCUGCAUCUGCGACAUCUGUGGUUUUAACCCAACCGAUGACGAAGCUGCAAAAGCUGCUCACCAGUCAGCCAUCGGAGGCCUGGUAGUGGACACGCCCCCACAUCCAUCAUUGGGUCACAUUGUCGGUCAAGCAGCUAUACUGACCAACGUGCCGCCUCCUUACCAGCCGGUCAGUGUGCGGCACCUGGACUCUCAGUCCAGUUCAGAGGAGCCUCAGGAUUAUCUGUGGCUCGUCAACUGUGAGAGUAAAAAGCCUGAACCCAACAGCUCAGUGCUGCUUCACUCUCCAUUGGAGGGAGACCAGGAGUAUUUGCUCCUGGAGGAGUGUGAGAGCAAGACUCUUCCUCCACAGGCUUGUCUAGCCCAUGCUGAGUGUUCCAAGUCUACCUCUUCAGAGACAGACCUGAAUGACAACCUCCCCUCUCACCGCACGCCUACGUCCUCCACCUCCUCAUCUAAACACACCUCGCACAACGGCUUCUUUCCCCAGCACCCGACCCCUGCCUCCACCUCUCCCAUCUACGACUCUCCCCCAUCACGCGGUGCCUCGCUCUCGACCGACGCCGGCCUUUACCACCUCCCUCGCAGCUACUCGCAAGACAACGUUGUGCUCCCUAAGUCAGCCUCCUCGCCUCCAGCCCACCCAGACGGCGGGGAUGCCUCGGAGCUUUACGUCUUCAACACACCUUCGAGGAAGCCCUCGAUGGAGUCACAGUUGCGCAACCUUUCCAUUAGUUAUGAUAUUCCACCCACACCUGGUGCAAACUGUACCUACCAGGUGCCCCGCACGUUGUCAGUGUCGACAGGUGUUGGAGGCUCAGAGGGUGGGGGAGAUGUAGUCCCCCCUCCAAGACCACCCAAGCCUUCGCUCAGUUCCAUCUCAGGACCCCCACCCCCCCCUGCUGAGCGCUCACCCACGGACACCUACUGUGUGCCCCGCUCAGCCUCAGAGACUGAUGGGAACUACUGUGUGCCUACUAGCGCUGGGAAUAAGACCUUACGCAGCAACACUAUUGGCACUGUGGACAGUUCACGCCUCCGCAAAGAUUUUGGAUCCCAGGACUGCUACGACAUUCCUCGAUCAUUCCCCUCCGAAAAAAGCUGCUCGUUUGAUUUCAAUGAAAGCUUCAACAGCUACUUCAAAAACAAAGGAAUGAUGCCAGUGGGCAGCCAGUCCACAGAAGAGGUCGACCAGAACUACGUACCCAUGAGUGCCAACUCGCCGUCACAUCAUCACUCGGGCAGUUUGUCAGAGCCAACGCACGAACCCAACUAUGUGCCCAUGACUCCGAGCACCAUGGAGUUCUCCUCUCUGGGAAAGCAGGUGCCCCCGCCCGCACACAUGGGGUUUCGCUCGAGUCCCAAGACCCCCCCUCGCAGGCCGAUACUCAUCGACUGCCAGCCCCCUCCUGUGGACCGAAAUCUCAAACCUGAUCGCAAAGGUCAGAGUCCUAAAAUAAUAAGAGCAAAAGGUGUUGGUUUAGAGCGAACCGACUCUCAAACCGUAGGUGAAUUCCCAAGGGGACGACGCAAGGGAAAACCCGCUCCACUGGAGAUCAAACCGCUGCCAGAGUGGGAGGAGCCCUGUACGCCUGUCCGCUCGCCUGUCACACGCUCAUUCGCUCGAGAUCUCUCUAGGUUUCCAAUGCCAGCGAGACCCCCGUCAGUGCAUAGCACGGCCUCCAGCACUGACUCCGAGGAGUGUGAAGAGAAUUAUGUAGCCAUGGUCCCUAAUAUGUCCACAGACGAACCAAACAUGAAGCUUGUUGCGCCCAUGACCGCGGAUGGUGGUAGCAGCCCCAUGGUGAAGCCAAAAGGAGACAAACAGGUGGAGUACCUGGAUUUGGAUCUUGACCCCGGCAAGUCCACCCCACCUAGAAAGAUGAAAAGCAAUGGAACUGGUAUGGCAGCAUCAGAUGAGCGUGUUGACUAUGUGGUUGUGGACCAGCAACGAACACAGGCCCUUAAGAGCACUCGGGAGGCCUGGAACGAUGGCCGCCAUUUAGCGGAGACAGACACCCUUUCCAAAGGAACCAAGUGACCCUGUCGCCUUAACCACCAAGCCACCCUUCAAACCCACAAACCACUGGGCCAUUUCCCCCUCGUGUUGGAUCUGGUUUGUGCUUUGGGCCGGUCCAGCCGUCACGUUCCACCUCAACAGGAUCCUUUUGUGUGUCGGGGCCAGUGGAGCUUCAUAGCCACUCAACUGUCUUUAGUUUACAUUGCUGUCAGGCCAAAAACAGCACUGUGUGUACAGUUGUGGGAAGACGUGCGCGCCAGAAAUAAGCUGUGUGCAGUAUGAGAGCAGGUGGAACGACUGGACUUGUCCUCCGGGUUUGACUUAAGUAGACUGAUGAACUUUGAACAUUCACUGCCUCCUAUAUUGGAUUAUGUUUUCUUUUGUUUUGUUCACCUUUCAAUGGCCGGAUGCGCUGAACCAGAGUUAACAUUUCCUUAAAUUAUAAUGCUGUUUGGUGUUGUUUUGAAGUGUAAGAGAAAUCACUUGAUAACAUGAUCAUAAUACAAUGCAACACUGGUUAGCACAGUUAGCGGCGUUUAACUUUCAGUUGAUCCUGUUGGAGCGGGGUGAAGUUUCCCUGGGCACCAUCCACAGCUCAGUUUUACUCCCUUUUUAGCAGAAACUGCCUGAGGCAACUUCAAACCAGAUCCCUAAGUUUUUCCUUUUUUCUUUUUUAAUGCAAAGGCAGUUGAACUUGUUCAUUUUACAUGUAACCAAGUGCUCAAGUGAAGCUUUGGAUUCACUCAAGGUUUAAUCCACUGAACAUGAUUUGAUGUCCAUUUACUUUGUGAGUGGAGAUGCUUCAAUCUGUUAAAAUGGAAGUGCAAAGACUGUACAAAAGUGUUAUGUAUAUAAACAGGAAAAGUGUCCUUUAUUUGUAUGGAAUAUCCAGUGUGUUUGGCUCGAACGUAUGUGGAUUCUGCAGGGUAGAAUCCUGUGCCUUUCUACGGUGGUAUCAGGACUUGUGAUUAAUGAAUGAAUUACUGUGAGUUUUUAGAACGUGACAGGUUUUCUAUAAGUUAUGCAAAGGUAUCAAACUUAGGCUACAGAGAAAAAAUAUCAGGUACUCCUCAUAAAUGCAAACUAAUACAACUAUCCACUUCUAAUUUAUUUCUCAAUUUAUUUCAUCAGGUGGCGUCAUGUCCACUUUUAGCUCAGUAUUGUUGAUUCAUAUGGAGGAACAUUUGCUAUAGUCUGUUAAAAUGCUUAGUUUGACGAAUGCCGGUCAAUUAGUUUCACAAGUUCAUUGAUAUUCCUCAUUUCUCUCUCCUCUUAGGAUUAAUUUAAUUCUAAAAUUGAACAGGCUUACAGUGUUGGGAGAUCCGACUGCCUCAUCAACUUGAUACAUCUUUCAUAGACGGUGAAAAAGUCUUUGUCUGCGUAGAUCUGUGCUUUACUAACCUGUGAACUCUCAGUCCCGAGCAUGUGCUGCCACAAGAUAAAAUCAUUGCUGUACAUAUUUUGCCAUCAGUUAGAUUAACAUAUAUCAUUUGUUAAAAAAAAAUGUGCCUACUAAGUCGUCUUCAUUCUACUUCACUCUUUCCUUACUGCAGUCUCUUUGUGACGCAGACUGCAAAGCUGAUGACGCUUUAUCUUUUUUAAUGAAUCUCAACAGAGAAUGUAAAUUUUAAAAGUUGACUAAAUAAAAUCAAACCUCUUAA